CAUUGGGGUGAAGUACCAACCAGGCGCGUCUCCAGGUGGCGGAUAGGAGGGGUCCUUCUGCUAAUGAUUACAAAUGAAGCUGAGGACUGUGGGACUAUAAGUUGGCUCGUAGUCUUAAAAACACUACUGGUAGCCUUCCAAAAUCCCACCGCGGACCAACUUCUCCUGCCCAGCUGUAGUGUCGUGGCUAAGGGCCUGCACAGGAUUAACGGCGCCAACUUUACCGGACAGUCAAGGACUGGCGGCAGUUGACAAACCAUGCAAACUUGUUUGCGGGGGAUCUUGCCUUAAUUGGCCGGAUCGAGAGGAGACAACCUCAUCAAAAACCCCCUAGUUCAAGGUGGAACAUCCUAUGCCGAAGAACUUCCUCUUUGAGUAGCUCAUUGGGUUAAGAUGAGUUCCUAAUAGGCGAACUCCGGACACCUGCCGCCCUCCGGUUUCAAUAUGGCUUACCAGGGUAAGGGAGCACUGCCCUGGCGGACUUUUAUUUCUUCCCUUCUCGUGGGACCGCUUAUGGACACAUUAGAAAAAACAAACAUAAACACAAAACCAGUCGAGACGGGGAUCAAUCCUAUCUCGACGACCGAAACCUCGAAAGAGGAAUGUGCAGAAAUCGGGGUGAAACCUGAUUCUGCCAUUACAAACCCAACCCUAGGCGCGGAGGAGAAAUCCGGAACCGCACAAGGGGAGGGUAUCCCCGAGGCUGCAAUCGCUGUAGUCGCUAAGGAGGUUGAGAAGUUGAAUCUUACCUCCAAACGCAGACGAAUGGCGGGAGCAGCCAAAAGGCACCUAAAACGGCUACUGAAAUCAGGUGCCGACUACAAGUCGGCACUUGCGACAGUACUCCGUGAGGGCGCCGAAAAGGCAGCAGCAAAGGAGAGGGAACCAAACCUCCCAACGCCUGCUGCCAAAACUCCGAAGAGGUUGCGCUCUGAUGGCAGUACUCCUAGUGCCAGUGCGAAAAAGCACUGUCCUGGGGGAACGGUCAGCAAGGGGGUGACCUACAAGGAGAUGGUGGAAGGGAUCAAGGUCGGCAUUGUCGACGGGGACCCUGAAGCCAAUCUGUCAGCUGAGCAGCUGGACCUGCUCCAGGGCGCCAUCCUGAGGCAUACCCUCAGGAAGGAGGAAAAGGGAGCGGGAAUCCGCUUCUUGAGCUGCACUCAUAAGCCGGGUUGGCUUAUGAUUAGAUGCGCGGACGAGGCUACUGUCUCAUGGCUUGAAAACUGCUUGUUGCAGAUCAAGCCGUGGGAUGGGGCCAACCUCCGCAUCGUUCAGGGAACGGAGCUGCCAAAGCCCUACGUAUGCGUUGCAUACAUCCCUGAUCCUCCACUAGGAGAUCGACCCUCACAGGAUGAGGUGCUGACAGGUCUGAGUGUGAUGAACCCAGACCUGGAAGCAGAGAGCUGGGCGGUGUUACACCACCAGGUUUCAGGGCCGGGCCGGACAUGGACCUUCUCUGUAGAUGAGAGCUCCAUGUCUAGGCUCAAAGCCUUGAACAUGAUGCCCUACUAUGGUUUCGGGAGGGUCACCUUCCGGGCCAAAGAAAAGGGCAUGGGUGCCGACAAAGAGUCGGACACCCAAACAAAGAAAGAGGAAGGAGGGGCCAAUCCCUCCACCUCCGUUGGCACCUCCAAAGGUGAGCUCGCUGAGGGAGAGAGGUCUAACUCUGCUCCCUCGACGAGCAAAGCGCCGCAGGCGGCCCUUCCCACCGGGGCUCUUCCCAAGGCUGGUAAAACGGCCAGGAAGGGGCCGGCGGUGGGAAGAAAGAAGUAAGCCGCAACAUCUAGUGAUGGCGCGGCUCUUCAAAUGCCUGCAGGCUAAUGUGCAACAUUCCAAGGCUGGAUCUUACCUCCUUGGAAAACGAAUCCUGGACGAGAGGAUAGAUAUCGCCCUCAUCCAGGAACCUUGGGUUACUUCCCGAGGCCGAAUCAACGGCCUCAGUAACCUUCCUGGCAAGGAUUCUGUUCCAGAGAUGUAACAUCCAUCCUGGUAAAACUUCCCAUGGAAACGGGCACUAAAGAACUGGUCAUCUGUUCUGCCUACUUCCCUGGUGAUACCAUGUUCCCUCCGCCAAAUGAAGUGCGAAAAUUAGUUGCCUUCUGCAGGGGGAAAAACCUUCAACUCCUCGUUGCUUGCGAUGCCAACUCCCAUCAUACUACGUGGGGUAGCACGGACAUCAACGAAAGAGGUGAGCACUUAUUUGACUUCAUUCUAGAAGAAGCGCUUUUUGUAUUGAAUCGGGGCUCUGUUCCAACCUUUGUUACGAAAAAUCGGGCUGAGGUAUUGGACAUCACGCUCUGCUCGCAAUACCUGAGCACUAAAAUCACUGACUGGAGGGUUUCUGACACGCCCUCUGGCUCAGACCAUAGAAAUAUUCAAUUUAACAUUGAAUUAGGCGGUAAACCCAUUCAGGAAUAUCGCAAUCCCAGAUUAACCGACUGGGAUGGUUAUAAACUAUCCCUGCAACGGAAUCUGAGAUCCAUCAACGUCAACGUUAACAAUCAUGAAGACCUAGAGAAGCUGGCCAACUCAAUUGGCCAAGCUAUAGUCUCGGCAUAUCAUGAAAACUGUCCACUAAGAAAGAAAUCCGACAAUAGGAAAGUAUCUUGGUGGAACUCUAAAUUAGAGAAACUUCGUAAAGAGGUUCGGAAAAAAUUUAACCGAGCAAAAUCAGCAGGUGAGUGGGAAGUGUAUCGUCAAAUCCUCACCUUGUACAACAAGGAAGUAAGGAAGGCCAAAAGGGAGUCUUGGGAAAACUUCUGCAGCAGCAUCGAAGAUGCUGCAAGCGGGACAAGACUCCAUAAAAUUCUCUCCAGAGAGCCGUCUUUGACGCUGGGAUCUGUCAAAAGAUCAGAUGGCACCUAUACGGCCUCUGGGGCGGAAACCCUUAAAAUCAUGGCUGACACACACUUUCCGGAUCACGUGCUGAUUGAUUCCGCAUCUGCGGAAGAAGGUAACUUCACCAGUCGCCUCAAGCGACCCAGCAAGGAAUGCUGGA